AUGGUUUCAAUAAAUGAUGAUAUGGUAAAACGAUUAGAAGCACGUAGUUAUGAUAUUUUUCAAGAACCAUUAACACCUCUUACGCCUAUUUGUAUUCAUGAUCAAAAGUCAAUUAUUUCAUUAGAACAAGCAGUUGAACCAUUAAUAUCUAUUUUACCAAAUCUUCAAACAUUUGUUUCAAUUGCUAAGGAAAAAUGUGAAAAUCCAUCUGAUGGAUUAACACAAGAUGAAUCUGCAUCAAUAAUGCUUUAUUCAAUGGAUUGGCAACCAAUGGAACAAUGUUUAUAUUAUGUUCUUAAUGCAAUACUUCGUUGUAAUGAUAGAGAAAAAUUAAAACCUUGGCUUUUAUAUUUAACAUUAUUUAUUCGAGCACUUUCUCGUCUACCAUCGAUAUCUGUUAUUGUCUAUCGACAAGUUCAAAUUGGUUUAACUGAACGAUAUCCAAUAGAAAAAACAUUUAUAUGGUGGACUUUUUCAUUAUGUACAUUAUCUCUUGAUAUCUUUCAAUCAAAUGAAUAUUUAAAUAAAACAAAUACACAAACUAUAUUUACUAUUGAAUCUCAUUCAGGAAAAGAUAUUCGAAAACAUUCAUUUUAUUCAAAUGAAGAUCAAAUACUUUUAAUGGCUGCAUCAGAAUUUAAAGUUAUAUCAUCUAUUAAACAAAGUGAUAAUCAAUAUAUAAUUUAUUUAAAAGAAAUUCAAUCAAAUAAUUCUCUUUUACAAUAUUCUAAUAUAUCAAAUGAACAAGAAAUAUUAUCUGCAAGUCUUCUUUUAAAUAUAUCAAAUACAAAUAUUCAAUCAAGAUCAAGAAUUGAAACAAUGCAAAAAUAUAUUAAUCGUAUAUUAAAAAUUCAAAAUAAAAUUGAACAAUAUGCAAAAUAUUCAUCAAUUGAAUUAAUAAAUGAAAAUCUUGAUGAUCAAGAUAUUUCAUUUAUUAUUCAACAUGCUAUUAUUAAAAAACAAUGUACUGUUCUUAGAUUAGACAAUAACUAUAUUACAUCAGAGGGUAUAACAAUUUUAGUUAAUUCAUUAUAUAAUAAUAAUACAUUAAUUGAAUUAAAUCUUUAUUCAAAUCGUCUUUAUGAUAAAGGUCUUUAUCCAUUUGUUAAACUUUUAUCUGAUAAUUAUUCAGUUCUUCAAAAACUUCAUCUUGGUUCAAAUAGAAUAUCAAAUGAAGGUGUUCAAUUAUUAGCUGAAAUCCUUAAAACAAAUACAACAUUAACUGUACUUUGUUUAGAUUCUAAUCGUAUAAGUGAUGAAGGUGUUCAUUUCUUAGCUAAUACACUUAUUCAUCAUAAUAAAACUCUUCAAGAAUUAUCUCUUAAGGGAAGUAAAUUUAUAACAAGUUUAAGUGUUCCAUAUUUUAUUGAUAUAUUACAAAAUAAUCAAUCAUUAACACGAUUUGAUAUAUCCAAUUGUAGUUUAACAAAAGAAGAUAAUCAACGUCUCCAAAAUAUGUCAAAUGGAAAUGAACAUUUUAUACUUCUACAUGAUACAGAAGAGGCUGAUUGUGUUAUUUUCUAA